AAAAAAGAUAAAAAAAAAAAAAACAGCUGGAUUUAUUUACCGUGUUUUCAAGGACAGCUAUAGGGACCCUAUCUAUUGCCCAGGGCCAUUCACAGCCUGCUCAUAAAAUUGAAAUGCUCAGUUUAUUUCAAAACAGGCAAUUACUAAGCAAAGAUUUUUAAAAGCAUAUUUCAGAAUCAUACUGUGUAGCGCAAGUCCUUUAUGAUUUUGCUGCAGUUCAGUUUCAUGAUUUAUUUCACGUUGACCGUAGUGAGGUGCAUUUGUCCAAGACUUCACUUGAACCUCACACUCAAACAAUCUAAUGAAUGUACCUUCGUCAGGGCUGCAGAAAAGUUGCACGCAGGCGCCAAAGGAUUUGGUCAGGACCCUAAGAUUUUUUUCUAGCUUUUUUGGGAAGCGACAGGAGCAUUAUCAUGUCAGCACCAGAUGCAGCAGGAAACCCCCUUCUUUUUGUUUUUUUUUUUUUUGCACAGCUAAUCAAAUGUGAACUUAUUUGGGUCCGAAAGGUUUGGAAUUUCUGGAAGGUUUGGUGACCUGAAGAUUCUGCUACCCUUGCCUUCAUCCGAGUCAAAAUGAAGAAAUAAAUCUAUAUACAGACUUUGAAUCUUUGCUCUGAAAUCUUGAACUGUCUUGAGUCUAACCCAACCUGUAAUCGAGAUAAUCCUCAUCACAAGAAUAUGAUUGUUGAUUGUUUCCACAGACAACAGAGCCAUCCCAAAAUAUUGACGCUUUCCGUUUGAAAUACAGUUAACUGAAGUGCUCCUAGAACAAGUCACAAAAGGAGAUCUCUACACUUGGAAGGAGCCCAGAGACACAGAUGUCUUUAAAUGGAGUUUGUCAGAAGGACUUUCUUUACUGUACUAAGUAGAAACGCAUCAACUUUUCACAAGUUUUCAAUCUCUGCAACACACGUGGAAGUCUUUCUCCAGCUCUGGGAUAGGCGUGUGGGAGGCAUCAAGGUGGAUUGUCUUGCACGUAAAUGCUCCUCAUAACACAGCUAAAAUGAUUUAAGUCAUUGAUUCAAAACAGCGAGCCUCAGCAACCACGUUACCAAAGUGCAGGACCGGGAUACAAUGGCUGCCGGCAUUAAUUUAAGCAACUCCACUUUGCAGUGCAAUUUUGAAAACUGUUCCGUUUCCAACGAAUACGAGACCUAUCUCUUCCCCACUUUCUAUGGGAUCACCUUCUCAGUGGGGCUGGUGGGGAACCUGAUCAGCUUGGGGGUGAUCGUGCAUCUCCUGAGGAACCACAAUGUCCUGGGAGUCUACCUGCUGAACCUCUGCUUCUCUGACCUUGUGUACAUCAGCACCCUGCCCGUGUGGGCUGCCUACACCCACAACCCAGAGGGCUGGACCUUCGGAAUAACCGCCUGCGACUUCGUCGGCUUCUUCUUCAGCACCAACAUCUACACCACCAUUGCGUUCCUCAGCUGCAUCUCCAUGGACCGGUUCCUAGCUGUGGUCUACCCGUUGCGCUCUAGAAGUCUCCGGACUAUGAAAGUGGCCAUCCUAGUGUGUGUGGUGGUUUGGCUGAUCAUUCUGGGUUCCCAUUCGGUUCUCUUGAGCCAUCAGGAACUCUUCGUGGAGGCCCAUGGCAUCAAGCUCUGCUACGAGAAGUAUCCCAUGGAGUCCUGGUUGGCCCAGCUGAACUAUUUCCGUGUCUUCGUGGUCUUCCUCGUCCCCUUGGUCCUCUUGUUGGUAUCCUACAGUAUGACCAUCAAGGUUAUCCACCAGAGUUAUUCGCUGGAUGUGAGGAGGAAACGGAAGAUCACUGGGCUCCUGCUCAGCAUGAUAGCCAUCUUUGUGGUGUCCUACCUGCCCUACCACGUCAUCCUCUUGGUCCAGUCCUACCUCAAUUAUUCUGAAGACUGCUCCUGCGAGGUGUAUUACAGGUUCCGGACAGCCUACAGGAUCAUCUUUGCUUUCACCAGCAUCUCCAGCGCCUUGGACCCUAUUCUGAACAUUUUCGUCAGCAACAGCGUCAAGCAGGACAUCACGAAAGACAUUGUCGCCAUCCGGCAUUGGGCAGCCAAGUUGUUCUCUUCGGACUGCCUGAAACCCCCAAGAAAAAAGUUCUUGAAAACCAUAACGGAAAGAGUCAGUGAGGACAACUAUCUCAGGAACCACAGCCCCGUGGGUCAACAGGAGAAUGGACAGAUCAGUCAAGACGUACCUCACCUGUCUUUGAGUUAAGUUUCUUUCUUCUUGUUAGCAGGUUCUCUUUGCAGUGGAAAUCUCUGGGUUUAUUAUGAUGUUUUUACUUUGAGAUUCAUAUAUUUCCCAACAGGUAACAAACAAUAUUGUUUAUAAUAAACUGUACUGUUUCGUGGUAUCUCUCCACAAAAGUGAUCAGGGAGACCAUGCUUAAUGUUCAUACUUUGAGCACCUGCAAAGAACCGAAAUUCAAUGCAAGAAAAAAAAAAGGGCUUAACAAGAUGGGGCAGGUGAGGGUGUUAUGCAAAUAAGUUAAGAAAAUGUUUUAAAGUCUUAAACCUUGAAACUCAAAUGGCUGCAAAGACUGAGAAAUGCAAGAAGGAUUGAGCCAACAAUGCUGGCUUGAACUAUUACAGCAAAACCGUCAAGCCGAAACAAGCAGACACCUGAACAUCACAUUGGUCACCUCAGCUUGUCUGUAGCCAGAUAUGUUGAUGCAGUUCUGUCCUGUUUUUUCGUACAGCAUUUAAGUGUUGUUGUGAUUUGAAACACUGUUCCUUAAACAAGUUAUGGGGCAUUUUGCCCUUUGACUGUAACGUUUACACAACAGAGCACCUCAGUGAAUUUUCAAAGCAAACUGAUUUGAACUUCAUUUGUGUUAAAUGAGAUGAUGACUGAUGUCUGCAAUCUCUGUUAUAAAUCAAGAAAUGACACAGGUGUUGGAGAAAGAGCUUGCCUUUAAAUGUUACAAAAUUCCACGGUUUACCCCAGUAAAUCUGCAUGCUAAUUUUUUAGUUUCUUAUAUGCUGUUCUAGUGGGACUGGAACAAUUUUUAAAGUGGGGGUGCUGAAAGCCAUUGAACAGAACUGUAACCCCUGUACAUGAUGGAAGCCAUGCAAAGCCAGGGGGUGCUGCCGAACCCCCAGCACCCCUAGUUCCAGCGCCCUUGUGUUGUGUGGUACCGUUUGUUCGCCAUUUAAAUAUUUACUAUAAUUUUCUUAUUUGGUAACAUUUUUAAUUAAGCCCUGUUAGUUCGUGUGAAUUUACAGCUAUGGACAUUUUGCAACAUUUAGAAUAUUAGAAUUGAGACAUUACAAAAAAAAUAUAUACUGUCUACCAGAAGCCAUAACAGU